CGCAGCGCCCAUCACGUUUUGGCUCCUCCUUGCUGCGUACCUUGCUCAUGCUCUUUCUCGCGUCUCUCCGCGCUAGCGCUCUCCGCGCGGCACGCCGCCCUCCUCACCUCUCCUCUUCGCCAUCGCAUUUCACGAAACCGGUUACUUCGUCGACUGCCGUUCCACCAUCGCAUACUGGCGUUUCAUCCCUCGUGUCAUCUCGCAGUUCGCCCCCCGCCUCGUCGCUCGUUUCAUCCUGUAGUGUGACAAUGCCGGGGGGACAAGAAGCGGCCGUUGAUCCGGGAUCGACGGCAGCAACCAGCACAGCUGGCACCACGUCACGCGAAGACUCGACAGCUGAAGGCGCCACGCAAGCCAAGUGGAGCUACCAAUCAAAUCCGUUCAUUCCGCGUGACGUGGCGGAGAUCGUGGUCGUGCGACACGGCGAGACGACGUGGAAUCGCGAGAACCGCAUGCAGGGGCAGACAGAGUCCGACCUCAGCGACGCGGGCAGAGCGCAGGCCAGAGCGCUCGCUGCUCGUUUUGCCUCGGGCUACCUGCCAUUCGCAGCCGCCUACUCAUCGGACCUCAGGCGGGCGGCGGAGACAGCAGAAGUGGUGGUGGAUGCGGUGGGAAUGCGCGGGGAGGAGGUACUGAGACUCAAGGGGCUCAGGGAACGCAGCUUGGGGGUUCUGGAGGGCCUCAUUCGAGACGAAGCUUUGCGGAAGCAUCCUGAGGCGUACCUCACUCUUGCGUCAAAGGACUGGAGUCAGCCUAUUCCUGGAGGGGGGGAGAGCCUGGAGGACAUGUAUGGGAGAGUCACAGCAGCUGUCAAUCACAUUGCAAAGGAGCAUCUUGGCCAGAGAGUGCUCCUUGUGACUCAUGGUGGAGUAUGCAACUGCAUUCAUAUGAAGGCAUCAGGGAACAGACAUGCGAAGAAGGUGUAUAACACAUCAAUCGGCAUUGUUCGAGUGUCACCUCCUGGCAAGUGGACCAUCUUACGGUGGGCUGAUGUAGAACACCUUAAGGCCGUUGACUACGAUAAGCAAGCUUUCGGUGGUGGGGCUGACUCCGGCUAAUGUGUCCAUACUAAACCUACAUAUGCGAACAACUUACAGUGAGUUAAAUUUAUCCCUCUACUUGGAAAGAUAGAAUGAGGAACUGGGGAAGCAACAAGUAGUUAUGCAUCUUGGACUAGUUUGUCCUAGGCUCAUGGAUGAGUCUUGAUAUUGUAAAGAGACAAAUACAUUGAUGUGUGUAUACAUCAUACGCCAAACAAUCUUCCAGUUUUUGC